CUUGCAGCCUCAGCUUCCAAACUGCAAGUUUGCAAUUGCUUGCAAAUGUAGGCAAACGGGUGGGUUCCCAAAACUGCCUUCCUUUUUCUUUCGUCCAGGGCUGAUCCUCCACCCAAACAGCUACUUUGCAACCCAUCAUCCCCACCUCCUCCUCCUCCUCAAUGCCUGGUCCUUUUGCCCUCCGAGGGAUCCGCAGCACAAAUAUUUCUGUGUGUCCAGAAAACAUGGCGGAGGCUCCAUCUGGCUCCGGGAAGGUGACCCUUUUCAGCCAGAAGCAACGAGGGGGACUCACCUACCGCAUCCCAGCCUUGCUCUACCUGCCCUACGAGGCCACCUUCCUGGCCUUUGCGGAGGAACGCUCCUCGCCCAGAGACGAAGACGCCAAGUUCCUGGUGAUGAGACGAGGGAAGAAGGAAGGAACUUCUGUCCAGUGGGGUCCUCUCGAAUCUCUGGAGACGGCUGCGCUGCCCAGCCACCGCACCAUGAACCCUUGUCCGGUGUACGACAAAAAGAACGGCACCAUCUUCCUCUUUUUCAUCUGUGUCCAGACUUAUAUUACUGAGUGGCACCAGAUCAGGACGGGGAGAAACGCUGCCAAGUUGUGUUACGUCUCGAGCCAAGAUGGCGGACGCACCUGGAGCCAAACCACUGACCUCACGGAGGAAGUGAUCGGGGACGACGUGAAAAACUGGGCCACGUUUGCCGUGGGGCCAGGCCACGGGGUGCAGCUGAGUUCUGGGCGGCUAGUCGUUCCGGCUUAUGCCUACUAUAUCCAUAAGCGUUUCUUUGGCCGGCCGCUGACUUGCUGGACCAAACCCCAUUGCCUCACCUUCUACAGUGAUGAUGGCGGACAGAGUUGGACCCGGAGCCAACCCCUGAAGAGACUGCGGACGUCGGAGUGCCAAGUCGCUGAGCUGAGGCGCCCCGAUAAUACCCAAGUCUUGUAUUGCAAUGCCCGCAGUCUCCACAAAUACCGGGCUGGGGCUCUGUGUGCGGAUAGUGGGGACCAAUUCAUGAAUUCAUCCUUGUGCAAAGAGUUGUGCGAGACCUCACGGGGGUGCCAGGGGAGCGUGGUGAGUUUCUCUCCCAUGCUCGAGCCUUUGGAUCCAGGUUCAAAGGAAGAUGCUGGCAAAACAAGUCCGGUGCGUGACACCAGUCCUUUCUCGGCCUCGGUCAAGUGCGUCAAGUCAUGGCUAAUGUUCUCCCAUCCCACAAACAGACACAGGCGUUUGGACCUGGGCAUCUACUUGAAUACCGACCCAUUGGAUCAGGGCUCAUGGAAAAACCCCUGGGUCCUGAACUCAGGACCCAGCGGCUACUCUGACCUGGCCGUCUGCGAGGAAGGCAACUCCCAGAUGUUUGGCUGCUUGUUUGAGUGUGGGGCAUCCCACGAGUGCGAGGAAAUUGCCUUUCAUUUAUUCACCGACGCUGAGCUCCUGAGAAAUGUGGCACAAAGCAGUCCAUGUGCUGCUUCUGCUGCAGAGUCACAGUAGUGGCCUAGAAACUUAUGCUCAAGAAUAUAUAACAUUUGGACAUUAAAAUGAGAAUGUAUUUCCUUAUUGGCUUCCUAUAGUGAGGGCAUGUCUUUGGGAAAUGACUGCCACCUUUAGGAGACUGAGGGUGCAUCUACACUGUAGAGAUAAUGCAGUCUGACACCACUUUGGCAGAAAUAAUCCAGUUUUGGCACUACUUCAACUGCCAUGGCUCCAUCCUAUGGAAUUCUGGGAACUGUGGU